UCAAAGUCAUUGACGACUGUGUGAAGAGGAGUAACGAAACCUUCUCGAGUAACAAAACCUGGCCAUGCUGUGGACAGCCGCCAUGUGCCUCCUGUGGGGGGUCUCGUGGACUACAGGGGCCCCCACCACCACCCCCACGCAGAAGGUCCUACUGGUGUCUUUCGAUGGUUUCCGCUGGGAUUAUGACCGAGACGUGGACACGCCGAACCUGGACCGGAUGGCCCGUGACGGCGUCAAAGCUGACUAUGUGACGCCACCUUAUCUCACCAUCACCAGCCCUACGCACUUCACGCUUCUUACCGGUCGCUACAUUGAAAAUCACGGCGUGAUCCACAACAUGUGGUUCAACACCACCAGCACGGAGAAGAAACCGUACUACCAAACACAGUUUGUCAACGAGUGGUGGGACAAUGGCACGCUCCCCAUCUGGAUCACGGCGCAGAAACAGGGCCUGAAGUCGGGUUCACUUCACUUCCCCGGCACAGCAUCAAGCUAUCAAGGCCAAACAGCGAUGGUACGAGAGGUCGAGCCACUCCUUUACAACUACAAGAAUGAGACGGCGUGGCGUCAGAACAGUGACAAGGUGAUGGGCUGGUUCCGUGACCAGGAUCUGGACUUCGUGUCACUGUACUUCGGCGAGCCGGACGGCACGGGGCACCGUUAUGGCCCGGACUCCCCUCAACGUAGGGACAUGGUUCGGCAAGUGGACCGGACCGUGGGCUACAUCCGGCAAUUGGCUGAGAACCACGGAAUGAGCCACGUCUUGAAUAUCAUCAUCACCUCCGACCACGGUAUGACCACCGUGUACCGGAACGGACUGGUAGAAGAAAUCACGCUUUCCAAGAUCCCAGGGUUUUCCUUCCGAGACGUGUCCUUCCACCUGGUGGACUUUGGGCCUUCGGGGAUGCUUCUGCCCAAACCAGGUAAGCUGGAGAAAGUGUACCAGGCCCUGAAGGGGGCGCACCCACACCUCCACGUCUACAAGAAGGAGGAGAUGCCCGCGCAUCUCCACUUUGCCAACAACCAGCGCAUCCUGCCCAUCAUUCUGCUUGCUGACGCCGGAUAUGUCAUCAAUGGGUACUUCCCCGUCCAGUUCAACAAGGGUGAGCAUGGCUUUGACAACCACGAGAUGGACAUGAAGGCCUUCUUCAGGGCGGUGGGGCCGGCAUUCCGCAAGGACCUGAAGGUGGGCCCCUUCGAGACGGUCCACAUCUACCCGCUCAUGUGCCACAUUCUGGGCAUCCGGCCCGAGAUCAACGAUGGGUGCCUGAAUGCUACGAGGGACAUGCUCAUCACUUACCCCCGGGAGAACGACGAAGCAGGCAAGCGUGUAAACCUGUUUCCGAACGCCGUGACUGGCUUGGCUGCAACAGCUGGAUUUCUUCUCGUGGUUUUUGUCAUUAUUUUGACUCGCAAAAUAGUUACUGGCAGACAACGCGGAAGAUCAGCAACUUUCACAAAUGAUGCAAAUGACAUUCAACAAACCUCCUUUUGAGCUUAAGUGACAUAGUUCAGUGUUUCAUUUUGUAAAUGUGUGUAUAUGUGACGAACAAAUAAGUGCG